AUGUUAGUUUUCAUAGCUAUUGUAAUUCUUAUUUCGUCCUUAUACUUAUACGGUACGCAAGGACACGACUAUUGGAAAAAGAAAGGCGUCAAACAUGAAAAACCAUAUCCAUUUGUGGGCAGCACAUUACGUAUCUUCCUUCAGAAACAAAGCAUCACCGAAUAUGUCACAGAUAUGUACAGAAGAUACCCGGAAGAAAAAUUCGUCGGAUAUUAUUAUUGUCGUAAAAAAUCUUUAGUGAUUCGCGACCCGGACCUAAUCAAGAACGUUCUCAUGACAGACUUUAAUAAGUUUUAUCUAAGAGCGAUAAAUCCGCACGAGAAGGUUGAACCGAUGCUGAAGAAUUUAUUCUUCGCUGAUGGGGAUUUGUGGAAGCUGCUGCGGCAGAGGAUGACGCCAGCUUUCACGUCUGGCAAGCUGAAGGCGAUGUUCCCUCUGAUCGUGGAAAGAACUGAGCGACUGCAGCGCACCGCCGCCGCUAAGCUAGGUUUAGAAGUAGACGUGCGUGACCUCAUGGCGCGCUACACCACCGACUUUAUCGGCGCCUGUGGCUUCGGUUUGGACACCGACUCGAUGUCAGACGAAACCUCAACAUUUAGAAAGCUAGGCAAACGUAUAUUCACAUUCUCAAUCCGAGAAGGCAUAAUCGCUUUUCUGAAAGAGUUCGCUCCGGGGCUGUUUAAGAAUCUCAACUUUUUAGCGCCGGAAAUUGAAAGGAAUACGGUAGCUUUAGUAAAAAGUAUCAUGGAACAGAGGGAUUAUAAGCCUUCAGGGAGGAAUGAUUUUAUUGAUUUGCUUCUCGAGUUAAAGCAAAAGGGGAAGAUUGUGGGGGAGUCUAUAGAGAAGAGGAAUCCAGAUGGAACACCACAUAUUAUAGAGUUGGAGAUGGAUGUGCUGCUGAUGGCGGCGCAGGUCUUCGUCUUCUUCGCGGCGGGGUUUGAGACGUCCUCGUCGGCGACCAGCUACACUCUGCACCAACUUGCAUUACAUCCUGACAAGCAGGUCAGGUGUCAGCAGGAGAUCGAUGAAGUGCUCGCCAGAUACGAUGGGAAACUUUGCUAUGACGCGGUGAAAGAGAUGCAAUAUUUACACAUGUGUUUCAAGGAAGGCAUGCGCCUAUUUCCAUCGCUCGGUUUCUUAAUCAGAAAAAGUGCAGAAAGCUACCAGUUCCCUGGCACAGACAUCACCAUUGAUAAGGGGACAGGCAUCAUAAUACCACUGCAGGGCAUUCAUACAGACCCUAAAUAUUUUAAGGACCCUGAGAGCUUUAUUCCGGAAAGAUUUGAUCCGGAAAAUCUUAAGGACAUUAAGAAGAAUACGUAUUUGCCGUUCGGAGAUGGGCCUAGGGCCUGUAUUGGUGAGCGUUUAGGCCUCAUGCAGUCACUCGCAGGCCUCGCGGCGCUACUCCACCGGUUCACAGUGGCGCCCUCUAAGAACACCUUAGUGAAACCACUCACCGACCCGACCUCACAUAUAGUGCAGAGUGUCAAGGGGGGUAUACCUCUGGCUCUGACUUUAAGACGCUAAAUAU